AUGUUAAAUGAACANUCUCGCUGCUCCGGUCAAGGACUGGAGGAAUUCAAGAAUGAAGUGGUUUUGAUUGCCAAGCUACAACACCGGAAUCUUGUUCGACUUCUUGGUUACUGUGUUGCUGAAGAAGAAAAACUGUUACUGUAUGAGUACAUGCCACACAAAAGCUUAGACUUCUUCAUUUUUGACCGGAAGCUGUGCCAGCGAUUAGAUUGGAAGAUGCGGUAUAAUAUCAUUUUAGGAAUCGCCCGGGGACUUCUUUAUCUACAUCAAGACUCUAGACUGAGAAUCAUCCACAGGGAUCUGAAAACAAGCAAUAUUCUGUUAGAUGAGGAGAUGAAUCCCAAGAUUUCUGACUUUGGGUUGGCUAGAAUAUUUGGAGGCAGUGAAACUUCAGCCAAUACUAAUCGAGUUGUUGGAACCUAUGGAUACAUGUCUCCGGAGUAUGCUCUAGAAGGUCUUUUCUCAUUCAAAUCAGAUGUAUUUAGUUUCGGCGUGGUUGUGAUUGAAACUAUCAGCGGGAAGCGUAACACCGGGUUUUAUGAACCUGAGAAAUCUUUAAGCCUUCUAGGCCAUGCGUGGGAUCUCUGGAAAGCGGAAAGAGGGAUUGAGUUAUUGGAUCAUGCUUUACAAGAAACGUGCGAAAGCGAGGAAUUCUUGAAGUGCUUGAACGUAGGACUGCUUUGUGUACAAGAAGAUCCUAGUGAGCGUCCUUCAAUGUCAAAUGUUGUUUUCAUGCUCGGAAGCAGCGAAGCUGCUACUCUUCCAAAUCCAAGACCACCGGCUUUUGUCCUUAGACGUUGCCCUUCAUCAAGCAAAGCUUCUUCAUCUACCAAGCCAGAAACUUGCUCUGAAAAUGAGCUGACUAUAACUCUUGAAGAUGGAAGAUAAUAAUAGCUACUUUUUUUUUUGUAUUUAUUGUCAAUAAGCAUAAGAUUUCAAAAGAAAAAAACUGUAAUAGCUAAUGACCUGAGUCCUGAAACAUAGAUUAUGCAGAAACUGUCAUUGGAAUGAGAUUUUGGCUUUAGAAGAAGCCAUGGAGAA